AUGUUGGUUGAAUUAAAAAAUGGUGAAACAUUUAAUGGCACUCUUACAAAUUGCGACCAAUUUAUGAAUAUGAAUUUAGAAGAUGUUACUUGCACUAGUCGUGAUGGUACUAGGUUUUGGAAAAUGGACAAAGUUUACAUUAGAGGAUACACAUUAAAAUACAUUCGAAUUUUGGAUGAAAUUAUAAACAAAGUUAAAGAAGAACAAAAGAAGAGCAGAAGUAAACCACAACAACAAGGAAAUUCUAAUAAUAAUAGCAAUACUAAUAAUUCAAAUACAUCAUCACAAAGAUCACGUAGUAAUAGUUCAGGUAGAGGAUCGGGGAUGAGAGGAACUAAUGAUAAUAGAUCAUCUUCGGGAAGAGGUAAGAUUAGUUUUUCUUUUUUGUAUUGA